AUGGGUAGCAAAAAUCGACAAAAAUCAGCGGUACACAAAAAGAAAUCUAAAGGAGCUCCAAAAGUGAAUCCAUUCGAGCUGAAAUUCAACAGAUCAAAGCAUGAUGUGCUCGGAAAGAAGAAAGGUGCCGUUGGCGUUGGACAUCCUGGACUAUCGCGAAAACGCGCUUACGAACAACGAGAAAAGACUCUGGGCGUUGAAUAUGAUCGAAUUGGAAAAGUGAAUAAGAUUGUCGAUCGGCGCAUAGGCGAGAAGAAUAAGAGUAUAACUACUGAAGAAAAGGCUUCACUGAGAUUCGCGGCUGAACGUGCGAAGCAUCUGAAGAAAGGCAGCAAGUUCAACCUAACUGAUGACAACGAAGAGAAUGAGGAGUUGCUGACUCAUGGUGGCAGAGCUCUAACAGACAUUCAAAAAUACGACAAGACUAUAGCUUCCGAUGAUGAUGACGACGAUGGUAACAUUGGUGCUGACGUGGAAAAGCUUAGUCGCAAAGAUGUGAUAGCCGAUUUAAUAGCGAAGACUAGACAAGCUCGGGAGGAAAAACACAUUGCAAAAGAUGAACUGGAAACUGUAACUGAAGACCUGGAUGCGAAGUAUCUCAAGCUCUUGGACAAAGUGAAAAAUGUGUUCAGGCCUGUUGGAGCAACAAAAGCUGAAAAGAGCGAAAAAGAUGACUACGAUAAACUGGCGAUUAGUCUUAAAAUAGAUGCUGACGCAAGGGCUACACCUGCAGAACGCACAAAAACAGCUGAAGAGUUGGCUGUGGAAGAGCGACAUUACUUGGAAGAGAUGGAAUCUCUAAGAAGAGCUAGGAUGAAUGCAGAGACUAACAAGAAAGGGCAUCAUUCUGUGGAUGCAGAGCUGGUCGAUGAAAAACAGAAGAAAAAGUCAAAGAAAGUUGGAUUUGAAGUGCGGUUUGGUUCUGAUGGGAAGCUAAUGAACUCAGAUAAGAUAGAGCCUGUUUCUAAGAAGAAGAUAGCUAUUGACUCCGACGAGGAGCUAACAGACGAAGAACAAGAGGAUGAAAACGAAGAAGAGCUUGAUGACUUGCUUGAUGAGCACGACGGUGUCGGCGAAGAGCGGCACGAGCAAAAACGCUCGAAGACAAUGACAGUGAGGAUGACGAAGUUGACGACGAGCAAAAUGAGGAUGUUGACGAAGAAGAGGAAGAAGAUGGCGAUUCAUCAGGCGACGAUGCAGAAGAAGGAUGCUAUGGAUAGCGAGGAGAGGAAGUUGCUGACAAAAAGACGAAAAAGCGUGGACAACAAGAAGUAUGAGGCACUCGUAGAACUACUGAAGAAGUAUCCUGCUGGCAAGAUUGAUGUUGUUUUACAACGGCUAAUAAAAUGCUACCAUCCGAGUCUUGCAGAAGGUAAUAAGAAACUCCUUUCAAAGUUAUUUCUCUACCUGCUGCGCGAUGAUUAUGAGAUGAUGUCGAAACGGACACUCUCCGCUGAUAACAUGAAAACUGAUGUAGAGUUCAGCGCCAGAUGUGUCCGGGCUCUAAUACGUCAGAAUUGGAAGAAGCGUAUGAGCAAGCCGAAAUCUUCUACCCAGUUUUCUCUAAUCACUUUGUUGAGAUUGAUUGCAUCCCUCUUUCCUGUUAGCGACAGAUGGCACCCAGUCUGCUCUCCAGCCAUGGCUCUAGCGGCCAUAACCCUUGCGAAAUGUCAAAUAUUGAAUAUGACUGUCCUCACACGUCAGAUACUUCUUGCAACAGUAGUGAGCGACUAUGUGGAGGAAAGCAGGCGCUAUGUACCAGAGGCCAUAGCGUUCUGUCAAGGAGCGUUGCUAAUGGCUGUAGAAAACGAAGAAAACGAACGUGCUCGCAGUCGUUGCCGUUCGCCUAUUUCGUGGCCGCAUAAGAGAAUGGCUUCUGCAUGCCGAGAAUUUGCCGAAGGAUGCGGAAGUGAAGCCGUUGGAAUUACCAGUGGUGUUUGCGGAAGAUGA